AUGGAAGCAGUCGGCGGGGCCGCUGCCAUCUUGCAGCUGAUCGAUGUGGCACUCAAGACCACCAUCCAAGUAUACAAGAUCUACGCAGAUUUCAGAGAUGCCAAAGACACCCAUAAAAGAUUGGCGAGGGAGAUGCGCGACCUCGUUCGCGUCCUUCAGCAGCUACUGGAUGUAGUCCUAGACAGCGAUCCCGACAGACCGAAGUCUGGACAUGCAGAAGCUCUGCGGGAGAUGUUGGAAGGAGAAGACAGCAUUGUGGCGUGUUGCCAAAAGGAUGUUAUCGAAGUCUCCAAUCUCCUAGGAGAGAUCCCGUCAGCGUCAUGGCCAAUACGGAAGAGGAAGAUCGACCGAACUCUCUCCAAUAUAGCAUCAACUCGGGCACAACUUGGCCUUGCUGUUCAGACACAGUCAAUGGCUGUUGUGUUGGAUAUCCGUCGCACGCUGGAUAGACAUGAAUCCUACAUGAGACAACACGUUGAGUCCGAGUCGAACAAGGCGAUUUUUGGUUGGUUGAAUCCACCCGACGUCUGGGAAAGCCUGAAAAAUGCUCUACAAAAGCGACAUCCAGGCACAGGAGAAUGGAUAUUGAAGACGCCCGAAUUCGAACACUGGAAGGAAAACCCGGGUACUUUAUGGUUGUCCGGCAUGCCGGGAGCCGGAAAGACCAUCAUAAGCUCGACCAUAGUGACAUCUUUGCUAAGCGAAGCCCAAACAUCUACGUCAGCUGUUGUUUACUCGUACUUCGAUUUCUCCAACGAGUCGCAGCAAGAAGCCCAGUCAUUUCUACGUACAUGCAUCGCCCAACUUGCUGCAAAGAAGCCUGCGGCCUUUGAUAUUCUUCUCGGUUUCCGCAAUCGAUUUCCGGAAGCCCAAGAUCAACAGCCAGGGCUUGAAGAGUUCUUAGAAGCGACAGUAGCCGCUAUGGGGUGUUUUCAUCGAGUAUUCCUUGUAGUCGAUGCGAUAGACGAGUGCUCGGAACGUAAAAAGUUGCUGGACAUCUUCAAAGAGCUGCACUUGGUGCGCAAUCUUCACCUAGUCCUCCUGAGCCGCCGAGAACAGCAGAUUGAAAAGGUCCUGUCAGCUUCCUCAACGGAGUUACCAUUGUGUGGCGCCCAUGUUGAUCAGGAUAUUGCAGCCUAUGUUCGACAAAGAAUUCACCACUCGGAAGAAAUGAAGGAGUGGACAGGGGAAGAUAGAGCUAAAGUGGAAACCCAGCUAAUUGAAAUGGCCGGUGGAAUGUUUCGUUGGGUGCAUUGCCAACUAGACUCUUUGGAAAAGUGCACUGAUUCCGAACAAGUCGACGAGACCCUAGCCUCUUUGCCGUCGGACUUGCCAUCGACGUAUGAAAGAAUCCUCAUGAAUAUUGAUGCCAAGUCGGCAGCGCGAGUUCGAGGCGUCCUAGUAGCAUUGGCCUUUGCUCGAAGGCCUCUACAGGUCAGCGAAGUCAUGAAUAUCAUCAGCAUAUCGAUCAAAGACUACCCUCGAGCAAAAAAGAGUAAAAAUACAGUCUACUUGCAUCAGCUCCUUUCUCUUUGCUCGAGCAUAGUGUCGAUUUCCACCAGCGGCGAAGGCGAAAAGAAGAAGCGAGAAAUGCGGCUAGCGCAUGCCUCGGUGAAGGACUAUCUUGUCUCUGAACAUCUGCGUAAUGGGCCGGCAUCUACAUUCUACACAACACCUGGACAGGGACACCUUUUCAUGGCCGCCAAAGGUGUUGCGUGUCUGUUGGAUCAGAACGACGUCAGCCGCCUCGGGCCACACAUUUUGGAAGAGGUUCCCUUCCUGCUGUACUCUGCUCUAAACUGGGUCCACCACGCGAGGGAUGCGAAUACAGAGUCCGACCGUGGCAGUCUUGACGACUUGAUUUUCGCAUUGUUGCAUCACAAGGAUGGAGCUUACAUAAACUGGCACCGUGUGGCAGGCUGCCAUGGGCCUGCAACACCAGUGGAGGGCUAUGCGUGGGACAUUCACAUCAGAGACGGCAGUAAGCUUGUCGACGACGGUCGACCAGCCACCAAGGAACGACUGCUCAACGGACACUAUAUCGAUCGGCCUCUCCACCACGCAAUACAAUGGAACCUGUGGCGCGUCGUCCAGCGUCUUCUAGAUGCUGGCCAUGAUCCUAAUGGACACAGUAAAGGGAGCCGCGUUCCUCUUCACUACGGAGUUCUUCAUCGGGCUCUGGAGUCGAUGGAUCUAAUACUAAACAAUGGUGGGAAUAUUGACGCUUGCGACUUGUUUGGCGACACCCCAGCCAUGUUUUGCGCUUACAAAGCUAAGGAUCCGGUGACGAUGGAGUGGCUGAUUGACCGCGGCGCAAGUCUCUAUCCCGUCAGCAGAAGAUCCGGCAGUCUCUUGCAAUGCGCAGCUAUGGAGGGUGACCCAGACGUGUUGGAAGUGAUAUUGCGGAAGACGCCGCGUAACAUACCGCCCGAUACUGAGGCUGAUCGCAGCUGUAACAAAGUCGCUGGCCUGGCCACACCACUUCAAUGUGCAGCAUAUGCAGGUAACUUGGCAUGCAUCGAGCUUCUGUUAACAUAUGGUGCCGACAUCAACUUUGGUAAAGGUAAAGUUGGAACACCUCUUCAUGCUGCAGGUGCUUCAGGGAAUUUGAGCGCAUUUCAACUCUUGCUGCAGAGGGGUGCGAACCCGAACGUCGCUAGUGGGCAAUAUGGGAGCGUCCUUUGGGCUGCUGGAUACGGCGGCGAUCGUGAAUGCGUUCGCAUUUGCCUUGGACGGGGAUUGUCUAUUGAUGGGUUGGCAACCAUGUGCCUUGGUCCUGAGAAGGAGUGGCAGGAUUGUCUUCCGGAUGAACAAGACAAGCUGGUCUCCGAAAUCAUCAGAGUUGCAGGAGAUCGCCACUGCCGGGACAUCUUUGACGCUGCCCGGUCGGGUAUAACUUCGCGAGUCACAGCGCAUCUUCGUGGUGCCAAGGGUAACAAGACUAAACUGGAAAGCAGAGACAAGCUCUUUUCGCGGACGCCUCUGAUGUGGGCGGCGGGCGAGGGUCACAUCGAAACGGUGAAGCUCUUGGUAAAGGAGGGCGCAAAACAUUGUCCGAGGGCUAGAGAUACUCAGACGCCGCUCGAGCUUGCUUGCCUCGGGGGCCACUUAGGUAUGGUAAAGUGUUUGUUGGCUAUAGGUGCAAUAGCCGAUUUUCGACGGGCUGGCAGUUAUCGAAUCGCCGUUGUAUGUGCUGCUAUGAGCGGAAACAUGGAUUUGGUUAACUUCCUGAAGUCACUGGAAGAGGAUCGAACCACGACGUUCGAGUUUGAGGGGCAUGUUUAUGAGUACGAUGGCGAUAAGCAGUAUAAGCGUAAGCCGAGAUCCCUCUGUUAUGUGGAGAGUGAAUUUCAGAGCGGUUGGAGAAGACGUCGGGGGUGUCUGAACCUCACAUCGGUGCGAUGA